GUAUUUCUGAGCUAAAAGUGUGCACGAGUUGUUCAGUAAUUAUCUAACCGAUCGUACCUAUUUGUUUUUUUUUGUGAUUUUACAGCUGACAGUUGUCAGUUGUCUCAUUGUUUUAAUGUUUUGUUUUAUGAUGAAAUCACAAAACAUUUGUACAUUUAUAUGGAAGUUUUUGUGUAGGUAUGUAAAGAAAUCCACAAUAUGUUCGAAAAAGGUUUCAAAAAAUGUAAUAACGUGAAAUUAUAGACCAUGGUAUCAAGGUACUUACAAGGACACAAAUACAUUUUAAUAUAUACAGUUGUGCGGUAAAAAAGAUAGUGGUCCUUUAGCGACAAUAAAUAUUUGGAAAAAUUUUCAGGUUAGAAUAGGAAAUUGGCAAAAUUUUAUAUCUAACCGGUUAAUUUAAUUCGUUAAAAGACAAUUAGAUCAACAUGGGGAUAAUUAUAGGAAAAUUUAGAAAGAAGAAGAGCACUUAUGAGAUUCUCGAAAAACUGGAAAAUGAAAUAACAUCUAUCGAAGAAUUCGGUAGAAGCACCGAGCAAUUCAGGAAAAAGGUCAUAGCCAGGUUUAUAAUUCUCGCUUUUUCAAUUUACUUUGUUCUAGCUUGUAUUUUGUAUUUAUACUAUAACAGAAUACAAACAAAUCGUAAAUUGCUGUAUUUUAUACCUCUCAUAGCUUUCCCAUUCAUAGUAUGGUUCAUAAAGAAAUUUUUAACCUGGUAUUAUAGUAAAAAGUUGCAACGAAACGAAAAGAAGAUCAUAAAGUUAAAAGAGGAAAAAAAGAAAAUUAUUGAUAAUGUAAUGGAAACGGAAACUUAUAAGGUGGCCAAAAAAAUAUUGGAUAAAUUUGGUAUCGAGAAAAAGCAACCCGUACAGACUUCUGAUAGUCCAUUGAAUGCAAAUUUGAGAUAUAAUCAAACAGGUCUUAGACAACGUCAAUCCUUCGGACCGCCAUUAUCCAACACGAGACUGUCUUUCGGUUCGACGAAAUCACCAAUGGUAGAUAAAAAUUUCGCCCAACCCUCGCUGCCAACCCCUUUUUCGCAACCCACGGUCUCGGGCGCUUUAUCCGCCCGACCAAAUUUAGCUCUUCCGACCCCAUCAAGAACGCACGCCAUGAUCGCCGCAUCUCCGCAAGUCGGGAUCGGUACUCCUCUACCAUUGCCGAAGAACAUUUUACCCAGCAACAGGAGCGUCUUGGACAAAAUGGUGGAUUAUUUGGUCGGAGAUGGACCGUCGAAUAGGUAUGCUUUGAUUUGCAAAAAAUGCUCCAGCCACAACGGCAUGGCGUUGAAGGAGGAAUUCGAAUAUCUGUCGUUCAAUUGUUGCUACUGUUCGCAAUUUAAUCCGGCUAGAAAGAAGAAACCGAGCGGGCCGAAAUUCGAAACGUCGCCGCGACCGUCAAGAAUUGCUCAGAUCGAGGAUACCUCGGAAUCCGACAAGGAUACCGCCGAUUCGGAACCGGAGGAGCAAGAGACCAUGAGUACCGAGAGACGGAGAUCAUCGUCAAACACAGGCACGCCUAAAUCCGUUCCCGCUAGCGAGACAACCAGAAACUCUUCAUCUCCCGAAACGGAACGAAACUCCGACUUCGAUCGACUGUCGGACUUGGAUUACAGAGAAGGCGGGGAUGCCCCCGUCGUAUCGCCAACCGUUAGAAUUUCCCGACAGGUAUCUCUCAAUCCGUUCGAGUGCGACGAAACUCCCAUGGACGUCGAUCGGGACAAAUCCACGACCGACGUAACGGAUAACAACGAGUCGUAAACAGACGCAAGACUGAAGUUUAAUAUUUUUAAAUUUUAAGGUUAACGAGACAAUGUUUUCGGCGAAUCUUUGGCGGUCAUUGGUUUACCAAAAUACUGUUGUUUGUUAUAUCAGCAAUACGAGUUGAUCGUGAGCAUGUAAGAUCCAUAAUAUAACUUCCCACGAAUCUUUGUAGUCUUGUUUUUUUUAUGAAUAAAGGAUCAAAAAGAUUCAGGUUCGUUUACUAAGCAGGUUUGAAUAUUUAACAGAUAAUCUGCAUAUACCUCAUUAAUUUUCUGCUUAACUAACGCUCUAAGUUUCCUGAACUCCUGGUAAUAAGUAAUAUUGUUUGUUUUCUUAAAUUUCCCAUGGACCGUUUUGAAAAAUAAAUGAAUUUUUGCGGAUAUCUUGAUAACGGUCGUUAAUAAGAGUAAAUGUUAGUGACCUUUUUUGCAAACCGUAUUAUUCUUAACAGUUUUGUUUUUUAAAGGUUUUCUGUAAAAUUCGUAUUUCAAAAGUUAUUGCUGUUUUUCCAUUAUAUGAAUUUUGUGUACCUAGUUGUUUUAACAGUAUUUCCCAGAUCAUCCUUGCUAAGUGCACAUGGCAUAGUUAUAGUUAAGAAAGGAGGGAAACUCAAAGUAUUUAUGAAUUAUACAACAUUUGUGCAAUGGAUAACUUACUCAUUAUAGUAGUUUCUAUUCUUAUAUUUUCUUUUAAAAAUACCUAAAUUCGAUUCAGUUUUCAAUAUUUAUCGUAAUUCUAAAUGUUUUUCAUAAUCUUAGAUUUUUUUUUAAUAACUUUCGAUAGGUACAAUCGAUUUUUGUUUUAACAUUUUGUUUUUCUUAAAUGUCAAAUCUAUUCUCAAUUUUCAAUAUUUUUUCUUAAUUAUUACAUAAUUUUCUGUUUUUCAUAAUCAGAUAUUUUCGAUACAAUUAAUAUUUUUUCUCAAUUUUCCGAGAUUAUACAUAAUUUUCUAUUUUUCAUAAGUUUUAAUACUUUUUCAAUUUUCGACUUUUUGUCCUAAUUUUCUGCUUUUUGUCUUAAUUUUCGGCUUUUUGUCUUAAUUUUCGGAAUUUUGUCCUAAUUUUCGAUAUUUUUCGUUUUCAUAAUUUCAAAGUUUUCAAUGUUUUUCUUAAUUUUCGAUAUUUUUCACAAUCUUCGAUGUUAUUCAUAAUCCCGAUAUUUUUCUGUCGAUGUUGUCGAUAUUUUUUCUCAAUUUUCUAUAAUUUUCUAUAAUUUUCGAUCUUCAUAACUAUCGAUUUUCUUUACUAUUUUUAAUGUUUUUUUAUAAGUUUCGAUGUUUUUAUAACUAUGAAGGUAGGCGAUAUUUUUCCUUAAUUUUCGAUAUUUUACAGUUAUACAAUCUUCGAUCUUUUUCAUAAUCCCCCGAUAUUUUUUCCCCAUUUUCUAUAAUUUUCUUAAUUCUCGAUCUUUUUCAUAACUUCUGAAAUUUUUCUUAAUUUUCAAUAUUCUUCCUAGUUUUCAAAGUUUUUCAUAAGUUUCUUAUAUUUUUUAUAACUAUUGAUGUAGUUGAUAUUUUUCCUAAUUUUUUGAUAUUCCUAAUUUUCGAUAUUUUUUAUAAUCUCCCGAUAUUUUUCUGUUAUUGUAGGUAGUACUUUUUCUCAAUUUUCUAUAAUUUUCUAUCUUUUACAUAACUUCCGAUAUUUUUCUUAAUUUUCGUCAUUCUUCACAAUUUUCAAUGUUUUUUCGUGUUUCCAGUCUAACUAUCGAUAUAUAGUUUUCCUAAAUUUUCGAUAUUUAUUUUUAAUUUUUGGUAUUUUUUAGUACUUUGAUAUCUAAAAUUAAUUUUGAGGGAAUCAGAAAAUUUCUGAACAUUCUUAGCAAUCAGAGUAUUGUUUGAUAAUUUCAAAUGUCUAUUAAUUAUAGUCAUUUAUUUGAAGUUUUCUUUGUUAGGAAUCCUAUACUUAGUAAAAUCCUAGUUUUUUUUUGUAGAAAAAUAAAAAUUGCGGAUUAUAAAAUUUUGUCACCUUUUACGUUUAAGGUGGAUCUUAAAAACGGUUCCCAUUUUUAAUUUUCGAUUUCAAAUGCGUUCUCAAAUAGCUAAUAUUUUUUUAAAGAACAUUAAGUUGUCUGUUAUUUUUGUUUUAAACAUUUCACUGUAAAAUUGAUAGUUCAAGAGUUAUUAAGCUGCAAAAUUGUAGUUUUUACUACAUGUGUCAUCGUUAACAAUUUUGUAAGACGGUCGGUGACUGGACAGUAUUUUAUAGCUACAUGCACUUUGGUAAACCAAUGAACUAUGUAAAUAUUAGCGAAAGCUCAAAUUUAUAACCUUUCCAUUCUUUUAACUUCUUUUAUUUACUUCCCUUAAUUUACAAUAAUUAUUAUCGUAUCGUUACAAACCAACUAACUGCCAGGUUUUCGUGAAAUAUCAUGAUAUUUUCAUUUUCCUUCUUGAAUUCGAAAAAUAAACAUAAAUAAUUGUUUUAUAUCAUUUUUACUUAUUACUAACCAAGAAACUACUAGCAAAUAGAUAUUUUGAAUGUACGUGCGCGUUCCUUUAAUUUAAUAUUUAUGGUUUUUCCGCUAAAUUUACUUGUAAACGUGUAAACAUUCGAAUUUUGACAAUUUAAUGUCAAAUGUCUACCUAAUUUAGCAUUUUGACAACUGAAGUAGUUGACCAUCAAUUGUCAAUGCAAUUUUGACAAUUAAACUUCAAAUGUCAAUGCAAUAUUGACAAUUGACCGUCAAAUGCCAACGCAGUCUACUAUUUUGACAACUGAAGCAGUUAAAUGCCAAUGCAGUUUUGACGGCUGAACGUCAAAUGUCAAGGCAGAGUACUAUUUUGAUAACUGAAGUAGUUUAAUGUCAAAUGCCAAAGCAGUUUUGACAAUUGAACGUCAAAUGUUAACGCGGUCCACCAUUUUGACAACUGAAGUAGUGGAACUUCAAGGGUAUGGUCCGUUAUUAACUGACUACUAACCACUAGUAACCAGGAAUUUCAAGCAGAGCUGUUAGUUUUGGACCGAGUAACCGAUAUUUCGGUUAAUAACGGACCAUACCCAAAAUGUCAAUGCAAUUUUGACAAUUUAACGUCAAAUCUCAACGCAGUGGUACCAUUUUGGCAAUUGAAAUAGUGGAACGUCAAAUGUCAAUACAAUUUUGACAGCUAAACGUCAAAUGUCAUCCUGUCGAUCGUUUGUUAAACGCGCCACGCAAAAUAUAAGAAAAUCUUGUAUAUUAUUGUUCCGGUGUCAAUUUUUGUUAUUGUAAAAUUUGUUUAAUAAUUGAGAGCAAUAAAUGGUCGAACUCAAUUUUGUAUAUAUUUAAUAUUUAUGCAUUUUUGUAUCAUAAUGGUUUAUUUUUUUGUAUCAUCGUGUUGGUAUUGGAUUGUUGAGUUCAUUGAUUAAAUAGGUGCCUUGUCAGAUGGAUUUUAUACUCAAUAAAGCUUUCAUUAAUGCAGAA